AUGCUCUCCAAACGGCGGCGGCGUGCGCGGGCCGGGACCCCGCGCGCCCCCGCGGCUUCCCCGGAGCCGCGCGCGCUCUUCCCCGGCGUGGCCGUCUACCUGGCUGAGCCGCGCAUGGGCCGCAGCCGCCGCGCCUUCCUCUCCCGCCUGGCGCUGGCCAAAGGCUUCCGAGUCCUGGACGCCUACAGCUGGGAGGUGACGCACGUGGUGAUGGAGCAGACCUCAGCCACGGAGGCCAUCUGCUGGCAGAAGCGCAUGGCUGCGGCUCUCCCGGAGUGUCCCGGCCCCCGCCCUGCUCUGCUGGACAUUAGCUGGUUUACAGAGAGCAUGGCAGCUGGACAUCCUGUCCCUGUGGAGGUCCGGCACCGCCUGGAGGUGGCUGAGCCCACAGAGAGGCCCCCAAGCCCAGCAUGGAUGCCAGCCUAUGCCUGCCAACGUCCCACCCCUCUCACACACCACAAUGCUAGCUUCUCGGAGGCCCUGGAGACACUGGCAGAGGCAGCAGUCUUUGAGGGCAGCGAGGGCCGCAGCCUCUCCUUCCGCAGAGCGGCUUCAGUACUCAAGGCCCUGCCCUGCGCUGUCACAUCCCUGAGUCAGCUGCAGGGGCUGCCCCAUUUUGGAGAACAUUCCUCCAGAGUUGUCCAGGAGCUGCUCGAGCAUGGAGCCUGUGAGGAGGUGGAACGAAUACGUUACUCAGAGAGGCACCGGACCAUGAAGCUCUUCACGCAGAUCUUUGGGGUUGGGGUGAAGACUGCCAACCGGUGGUACCAGGAGGGGCUGCGAACCCUGGAUGAGCUUCGAGAGCAGUCCCAGAGGCUGACACAGCAGCAGAAAGCAGGGAUCCAGCACUACCACGACCUUAGUACCCCAGUUGGGCGAACUGAGGCUGAGGCUCUGCAGAAGUUGGUGGAAGAAGCUGUGGGACAGGCCCUGCCUGGAGCCACUGUCACACUGACUGGCGGCUUCCGGAGGGGUAAGUUGCAAGGCCAUGAUGUGGACUUCCUCAUCACACACCCCAAGGAGGGCCAAGAGGUGGGACUGCUGUCCAGAGUGAUGAACCGCCUGCAGAGCCAGGGCCUUAUUCUGUACCACCAGCACCACCCCAGCCACUUAGGGGACCCCACCUACCAGCAGAGCCACACCAUGGAUGCCUUUGAGAGGAGUUUCUGCAUUUUCCGCUUGCCGCAGCCCGCUGAGGCUGCCAUGGGGGAGGCCUUGGAUUCCUGCCCAGCCUGGAAAGCUGUGAGGAUAGAUCUGGUAGUUGCCCCCAACAGUCAGUUCCCUUUUGCUCUUCUUGGCUGGACUGGCUCCCAGCUUUUUGAACGGGAGCUACGCAGGUUCAGCCGGCAGGAGAAGGGGCUGUGGCUGAAUAGUCAUGGGCUGUUUGACCCAGAACAGAAGACGUUUUUCCACGUGACUUCUGAGGAAGACAUUUUCAGACACCUGGGCCUCAAAUACCUACCUCCAGAGCAGAGAAAUGCCUGAUCCUGCCUGCCUGCCUCCACCCUUGCCCAAAGGAAGUGAGAGGCUGCCUGAUGCUCAGCCAGGCAUCUUUGUUGGCAGAAGGUGUGCCACCAUCCCACGUCCUCACCUCAGCACAUGGAGGAAUUCUCACCUGCCGGGACAUUGGCAAAGUGGAACCAACCUUAUCACUGUGUGAACCUAGGUCAGUUUUCAACCGUCUCAUGCCUCAAAGUCAGGCGAGGAGCAGUACACAAACCAUGGAGCUAUAAAAGAGCCUGGAGUCCUGGAUCUGGUUGUCCCGUUUUGAGCUUUUGCUAUGUUUGCUCCAAUGCGCCCCACUCACACGUACCAGAAGGGAACGACAGGGUCCCCACUGUGGGCAGGAGCUGGGAGGCAGAAGAGCGAGUUCUGGCUGUGAGGAGCCACGCAGCAUCGGGAAACCUGGCCCAGGGCUGUGCUGCAGAAUUUGGACAGGAAGGUAACCUGGGUCAAGACAACUUCCAAUGCCAGAGGUUCUACUGCCCACAGCCAGGCUUCCUGCUCCUCUCCCCCCGCACCCCCCCACUGCUGUAAGUCCUGUUAUCA